CACGUGCUGGGGCGCACGUGUGUGUGCGCGAGUGAAUGCAAAGCUGGGCUGUCAGGGGCGGGGCCUGCAUGAGACCGCCGGAGACGGACUCAGAGAGAUUCAUCAUACACACCGACCACCGACACCCAGAGACAUUGCCUGCUACCAGGAGACACACCCUGCAACACUCCGAGUAACAGACCUCCACACAAGUUUACUGACUCACCCAUGGAAGACACGGAGUCCUCGGAUUUUCUGUCCUCAUCAGACUCCCUCUUCUCUUCAGCCAGCACCACCACCUCGACCCACCAGGAGAAUAAAAUCUACGUUGGUUUUGACGUCUUCCUCUCUGAAGGUUUGACUGAGCCCACCAAAGGCCACAAGGACUUUGAAGAUGUACACGUGAUCCCAAACUCUCAACUGACCAGUGCCAGCCACCCAGUCCUUAUCCACCUAGAGAAUGAGUACCAAGCCAGGAGGUCCUUUUGGCAUCAACACACGGGACAGAAUUGCAGGUAUUCAGGAGAGGUUGAAGGAUGGACGUCCUAUCCAAGUAGGAGUAAACUUGCAAGUAGAGUAUCACCAAUUGUGGGCCGAAGGCAAGACAAGCAGCUAAAGGACUUGGUGUUCCCAGACGGGUCAAAUUGUGAGGCCCAUCAAGGACUGAAAAGGCAGCGACUACAGGAUGCCAUAUCGCUUGCCAACCGGUGGAAGGAGAGAAAAGAGAAGAACCUUCCGAUAUCGGAUGGGGAUCGCAUCUUUGCUGAAAAGUGUCAGGAACUCCAGGGCUUUAUCAGACCUCUGACUGAACUUCUGAAUGGAUUAAAAAGGGGCAGAUAUGACAGAGGCCUGAGCAGUUUCCAGCAGAGCGUGGCUAUGGAUCGGAUACAGAGAAUUGUUGGUGUUCUGCAGAAGCCUGAGAUGGGAGAGCGUUAUUUGAGCACCUUACUACAAGUGGAAAUGAUGCUAAAGAUUUGGUUCCCCGGAGUCAGCAGCUCCUCUUCCUCUUCUUCGUCCACCUCAGACUUCGACAUGGAAGAACCUCAGCACAAAAUGGCCAAGCACCCAGUUGUAUCUACAGCACAGAAAAGCUGCCCUUUAAGACCAGCGUCUUCGUCGUCUUCUUCUUCGAGCAGUCCGACUAUCAAGAAACCAGAAUGUCCCACCUUGGCCCAAGUUCAUACAGACUAUGUGUGUGGCAAAGAAGUCUUGUCAGACUGGCCGACCAUGAACUUAACCUGGAUGCACGCCGCUCCCAUCUGCAACCCUCCUCUAAGCCAGGUGGACCUCCAUCAUCUCAACACCGCUCUAGGCCAGGAUUUGCUGUUGCCGAACGGCAACAGCUGUGGCAUAAUUUUUUUGGUGCAGAACAGUCAGGGCUCGGUGUCCCCCACCAUGGAAUCUGUAGACAGUGAAGAUAAACCUCUAGACCUUUGCUGUUACGGAGAAGGAUCACAAGAACAACCGUCUCACCGGAGUCGGAGUGCUCCAGCUGUAAUUGACCUCCACGACCAAACCGAUCUUGGGCAGUUGAAGAAUCGCUCACGUUCAUUCACAACAUGCAAGUUGACCUUCGGGGGUGAAAAUACAUAAAGUGACUCGUAUCUCGUCGUCCAGUUUAAACUCUUCAUCACAAUCGCAUGGGCCGCUAGCCUUGGAAGGGGGGGAGAUCCAGUCGGGGAAACAAGAGUUGGACAAUAUUGCAUUGUAUUCCAUGUGAAGCCUUUAUUUUAAGGCUUUAUGAUUUUGUUCUGCUACACUGAGCUGAAUUCCAAAGAGAUGCAAAAAACUAAAAAAAACACACGAUGGACGCACUGCGCCCAACAAAGGCAUCUUGAAGGGGAGCGAACAGCAAUAUCUGUUGUCUUUAAGUGUACUGUUUUUUUUUCCAUAAAGGCAUUUUGGCAUGUUAUCUAUAUAUUUAUGCAAACUAUA